AUGGCGAGUUCCAAACCGCCAUCGCUGUCGAUGCGUAGGAACGCGGGGCUAUCGCUCUCGUCGCUCGGUGCACCCACCUCGUUUCGGAUGCAGCCCGGCGAGGGAGAUACGCGCCCGAUAUCGACCAAUAUGUCCUUGGCCCAGGCCGCGUUGCCGGCGGGCGUCACGGCAUCGACAGACCCACAAAGCAGCGCAAGCUCUGUGGCACCUGCAAUGCCAGCGCAUGCGUGGGACUCGGAUACAGAUACGGACGUUGAUCGGCCUCCGCCUGUUCAGCGGCGCCCUGUGGCUACCAUGCUUCUCUCGAUUCCAUGCUUGCGUGUGAGCUCCAUGAAAGACGCCGUGUCGUUUUAUACAGACGUGCUAGGGUUUGUUCGAUACGGCCCGAAAGACAAGACGCAAAUGCGCCUGUUCCGUGGUGCACCUGGUGCGACGCCCAGCGCGUCCGGCCUGCCACAGCAGGGCUCCAAGGCGCCGUUGCCGGGCGUACACUUGCUUCUCCGCCUUCCAGCCUCGUGUACGCCUGCUAUGCGGGCUGAUGUGGUGCGCCACAGCGUGCAGCCGCAGUCGCUGUGGCUCAUGGUCAGCGAUGUCGAUGCCUUCUUUACGGAGGCGGCGCUCAAGCUGCAAAAGGCCAUGGCCGCGCAGCAAGGCUACUUCCCCGAGCAUAAUUACCACGAGGCGCGUAUUCUUGAUCGGCCACAGAACACGCCUUGGGGUACGCGAGAAUUCCGGCUGGUGGAUCCUGACGGGAAUACGUUGAUCAUUAGCGCUGAUCGUUGA